UUUACAUAGUUCCGUAAGUUCCUACAAUUGUAAUUUCCAGAAAAAUAAAAGUGCAUUUUCAUUGAAACAAUAUUUGGUAAUUUUUGGACGACACGUAGAUGGCACUAUACAGAUAACGGUUAACUCAAAGUGUUUUGUUUCGUUCUUAUAUGCUAAUUUUUAAGGUUAGGAAUUCAAAUUCUUAAUGUCCUAAGAUUGAACGUUAAAUACUAUAACAUUUAUAUCGAAUUUUAUAUCUGUUAAAUUAAUUUGAAAAUGAGAUAUUCAAAUAAAGUAAAUAAUAGAGAAAAUAAAAAUAUAUAAUAUAGUAGCAUUAAAAUAGGACGUCAAUGAUACUUUGUUAUGUAGUAAUAUACUAUUUAAAUAUUAAUUGUAUUAAGUUUGCGAAAUGAAUAUUGUAUGUGUGAUAUGCAGUGAUCUAUUAACACCUUCUGAUGAUGUUUUUCAUACACCUUGUGGACACAUUUUUCAUUUUAUCUGUGUAACUCAAUGGUUGGAGAGAUCCAAAACCUGUCCACAAUGUAGAGAAAAGACUACAUCAAGUAAAAUUCAUAGAUUAUAUUUUAAUUUUUCCAAUAACGAUACCAUUGUGGAGGAUAAAUGCUCUUUACAAGAUAAAGUCGAUAAAUUAAAUUUUCAACUUGUGUUAAAAGAAAAAGAUAUUAAACAUUAUUCAGAAAAGAUUGAAACAUUAGAGAAACAGAAUAAGGAGUUAAAGAAGGAAGUAAGAAAAGUGGAAAGUGAAAUAAGUGAAAAAUGUAAUGCUAUUUAUGCUCUUAAAGAACAAAUUAAAUUAUUUAAAGAACAAAGUUUAGAAGCAGAAAGUAGAAGAAAAGAAAUAGAGCAAUUGCGAAAGAAAAUUGAGCAUUAUAAAAAUGUACAAACCAUACUUGAUGGUACUACAGAAGCUGUAGAUGAGAUGAUCUCAAGAACAACUGAACCUACUACGCUUAUUACAUACAUAUCUGUGAUGAAAAGAGAGAUAACAGUUAGCCAAAAUAAAAGAAGAGAAUUAAGGUCCAAACUAAAAAGUGUACAACAAGAACUUACUAAGGUUUCUAUGGAACGAAAUUUCCUGUCUGAUGAACAUACUAAAAGGAAAACACUUGAAAAUGAAUAUCUGGCUUGUCUAAGUGAAAAAAUGUCUUUACAAAAUAGACUUAGCGAGUUAGAAAAAGAUAUGUCUUCGACACAAAAGCCAAUUAAGCUCUAUUCAAAAACAAAGAAUAUGACAGAGGGUAAUUUAGGAAAUGAUUCUAGAGAAGAUAAAAUUGAAUGUAUAAAUAAUAGCAUAAAUGAGAAAAAGGAUAUAGGACAAGAAGAGAAAAUUGAAUCUGCUAUUACAAAAAAUAAAACAAGUUCUCCGUAUCUUCCAGUGAAAUCAGGAGGAGUAUUUGCUUUAACACAAAUGUCUCAGAGAUAUACUACAUCAAAAUUAACUUCCUCGAUCUUGGCAAAAAAACCAAGACUUGAGCAAGGAAUCAGUAAAAAUGAAAAUAGUAGAAUUACAUUUGAUGGUUUUGGGGGGCAUUCAAAAUAUGAGGAGUUCCCUAAACCUUCUGCUAUCAAAAUGAAAAAAGUUAAGGAUAUUCCAAAAGUUAAAAAGCCAAAACUUGAUACAGACAAUCCGAAAAUAGAUUAUUUCUUAGGAAAUUAACAUGAUCAUUGCAUAUUAUUAAUGUUUAUAAAUAGCAUUUAAGAAGAAGAAAAAUAAGAUAUUAUGUGGCAAAUAUAUUUAUUGAAAGAGUGAGCAUGUUAGAAAUUGUGGAGAAGUAUGUAUAAAGUAAAAAUUCCUGCAUACAUAAACUAAAGUACACCUCAAAAAAAGAAGAAAGGACAAAUAAACACAAUUCUAUAUGUUAUUAUGUGGAUUUAAUUAUACUGUGUGAAAUUCUAAAAGUCGAUAAUUUGUUUUUAAUUUGUUAUAUCACAUGUGAGUUCUUAGUAAUCAUGUCGGUAAGACGUCGGUAUACGACAUCACAAAUACUUGUCACAUACUGACAAGAUAUGUGUUGCUAUCUAUGGAAGACAGAAGGAACCGUAACUUGAAGCAUGUCAGGAUAGAUGGUAACACAUGGUUGUCCAUAGACCAAAAAUGCAGUACUGUGCGAUAAGGUAUGUGUUGCCAUCUAUGGAAAACAGAAGGAAUUGCAAUUUGCAACAUGUCAGGAUAGAUAGCACACGUGGCUGUCCAUAGAUCAGACAUGUAAUACCGUGUGAUAAGGCAAGUCCUUUCCGGUAUAUGUCCAUUCUAUCGGCUUACGUAUUAUCUGCGAUAAUUCGUAUGUUCGCCUUAGGAAAUCGGUAUUUUAUAAUUUUAGAUACAAAAUUCUAUUGUCACGUCUAUGUCACAUGCACUCUGCCUUUAAUGAAUAAUUGUGUAUACUUUAUUGAAUUCAAUUUAUCGAUGGUUGAAUGAUAUCAUGACUACAUUAUCGGUAAUGAAAUGUUUAGCUGGUGACCCUGCAUUAGGCGUAUGAGACAAGAAAACAUUGUGAAUAAAAAUUUAGGAUAAUUCUACUGUACGAAUUUUUCAAUUUUAAAAUUGAUAAUUCUUAUAAAUCUGGUAAUAAAAUUAUUUAGUUGUUAAAUGUUUAGUGCUUGAAUUAUCUUAAUAGAAAAGAUAUAAACUGUAGCAGCUUUGUUUCCAGAAUAGUUGAAUUCUAAAAUUGGCCGUUCUUCUGAAAUAAUGAAACACAGAAUGCAUACUGAAAUAAUGAAGCAGGUUGAAAAAAUGUAUCGUAUAAUAUGGAAAAAUGUUUUCAUUAUAAAUAUGUACAUGGUGUUCAUAGAGGGAACGAUAUUAAAAUUUUGGCAAAUACAAUUUCAUGUCUACCAACUGUA